AUGAGGACAACUGCAUCAGUGCCACACUCUUACCUCUGCCUUUGUUCCUUUAACAGUAGGACAGGAAAUCGGAGAAUGAUUUUAAAACGCCCAUUGGUGGUGAUGGUGGCCGUGAUGGCGAUGGUGUACGUUGCCGCAGCUGGAGGAGGAUAUGGUAGUGGUGGAGGAGGCGGUGGAGGCGGAGGAAGAGGUGGUGGAGGAGGAAGAGGAGGUGGAGGAGGAAGAGGAAGUGGAGGAGGAUUUGGUGGAGGAGGAAGAGGAGGUGGAGGAGGAUUUGGUGGAGGUGCUGGUGGAGUAAGUGGUGGAUUUGGCGGAGGAGGAGCUGGCGGAUUCGGUGGGGGCAAUGCACUUGGCGGCGGCGGCGGUGGAGGAGGAGGAUACGGCGGAGGUCGCGGCGGUGGCGGUGGAGGCGGAAGUGUGCUCCCCGCAGUUUUCCUUGGAAGUGGACAGCUCUCCGCCGGUGGAGGCGGUGGAUUCGGAGGUGGUGGCAGUGGAGGCGGUGGAUUGGGAGGUGGUGUCAGUGGAGGUGGUGGCAGUGGAGGCGGUGGAUUCGGAGGCAGCGGCGGCUCAGUUGGUGGAUUCGGAGGCAGCGGUUUUGGCAGCGGCAGUGGAAGCAGUGGUUUCGGAGGAAGCGGCUUUGGCAGCGGUGGAGGAGGCAGCGGCUUUGGCAGCGGUGGAGGAGGCAGCGGCUUUGGCAGCGGUGGCGGAGGAGGUGGCGGCCGUGGAGGCGGUGGCUAUGGGAAAUAA